GACUACAGGGGGCAGUAUGACGCACACAACCGUUUAAACUACCUAAACUACAGCGAAGAAGGCUGGAGGGAGAAGAAGAAGAAAAGGAAAAGAAGGACGAGAGGAGCAAACAGUAACUGCUCCUGUGCAGGUUAAAUUAACAACAUCUAAGAGAAACCCCGUGCUAGUGGACCAUGCUGCGGGCCUGUCUGAGAGGAGCUAAUGCUACAGCCCGGAAGAACUGCAGGAGAACCCCUCUAACCAAUCUGCAGCACUGCCGGCACUACACGGCAGGAGAGAGCAGUGGUGCUGCUGCUAAAGUGGUAGCUGCUGGCUUGGUGACAGUAGGCGGUGGCGUCGGAGGUACAAUAAUCUACGCCAAAUGGGACCACAAGUUCAGAUCCGCUGUGGAGAAAAAUGUUCCAUACUCAGACUGGCUGCUGGGUCUGGCUUUGGGACCCGCUUCUCAAGAUGGCAUCAAGAAACAGAUGGAGUUGGCCCAGCCUCCCUCUAUGAUGGACAAACCGAUGAAGAAAGGGAAGUCAGUGAAGGAGGCAGCAGAAAGUCCAGCCAAAGAGCCUGUCCCAACACAGCCUGCACUGAGCAUAGAGGAGGCUUCAGCAGAGGCCACUCACAUCAUCUCAGCCAUCAGUGAGAUCUCAUCAGUCCCUGCUCCGCUUGACACCGAGGGAGUAGCAGUCAAAGAGUGCAAAGAGUGCCAUGACCAUAAGGAUACCCUGGAGACAGCAGCAGUUCACCCUGACACAGAGUCACCCGUAGCAACAGAACCACUGAAAGAGCGACCAGUAGAAGAAGUGACAGCUAGACUGGCUCAGCAAGACCAAAAGGACCUGGACACCCUGGCAUCUGUAUCAGUCAGUCUUGAAGACUCACUGGCCAGCUCGGCUAAAGCUACCCUGCAGGCCAUCGGAGCUCAGGAGGCGGCCCUGCAGGCUAUCGCACGGCACACACACAAACUGAAGGAGGCUAUGGAAGCAGAGGUCCCACCUCAGGAGAAGUCAGCCCAGUGGAAGGAACUAGAAGCUGCUCUGGCUGAUAGAACCGGAGCUGUGAAUGAUGCUCAGACUGCUCUGUUGAAUGCCAAUGAAGCCUUGGACAGUCUCAAGUCAGAGAUUGACAAGUCUAAAGGACUGAAGGUUGUUGCUGUUCGCCCACUGGUUUUGGCAGCAGAGGAGAAUCUCCAUAACAUGGUGGUGGACUUGGACAAAGUGGUCACUAAGGUGCAGUCUGCAGAGUCAGAGUCUAAGAUCGUCUCCCAGUACAGUGACCUAGUUAAUGAAGCCAAACUACAGUUCCAGAGGGAAGUUAGCAGCCUUACUCCAGACAUCCAGGCCAACUGGAAGGGGCUCACUGGUAAACUGUCAUCGGAUGACCUGAACGCCCUGAUCGCCCACGCACACCGUCGCAUCGACCAGCUGAAUCGAGAGCUGGCCGAGCAGAGAGUCAGAGAGCAGAUUCACAUCGAUGCGUCGCUGGAGCAGCAGAAGCUGGAGGACCAGAAAGCCCUGGAGAAAGCUGUUACCACCGCCCUGCUGCACGUCAAGGAGGAGGCCCGGCUGGAGCAGGAGAGGAAGAUGUCUGAAUUAAGGGAAGUGAUGGAGGCAGAGAUGAGGACUCAGCUCCGGCGUCAGGCAGCUGCUCACACAGACCAUGUCCAAGAUGUCCUCAAAGUCCAGGAGCAGGAGCUGAGAAGCGAUGCUGAGCAGGUCCUGAGCAGUAAGCUGCUGGAACAGGACACCGUCCACCGUCAGCUGAGCCAGGAACAGCUGGAUAACUUCACUCUGGAUAUGAACACCGCCUAUGCAAGACUGAAGGGGAUGGAGGAGGCCAUCGACAGCCAUGUGGUAGCAGAGGACGAGGCCCGUAAAGCUCACCAGCUCUGGCUCUCCGUGGAGGCUCUCAACUACACUCUAAAGACAUCCGACGCCGACGCCCCCACCAUGCCUCUAGAGGGCGCCGCUCAGGCCGUGCGAGACAGCUGCCACGACAAUGACUUUGCCUUGGCUCUGGCGGCGGCCCUUCCGGAAGAAUCCCUGCAGCGCGGCGUGUACAGCGAGGCCUCUCUCCGCGCCCGCUUUAACGCCAUGCGAUCGCUGGCUCGCCGGGUCGCCCUCGUCGACGAAACUCACAACUCCUUGUACCAGUACUUCCUGUCCUACCUUCAAGCUGCGCUGCUGUUUGAGAAUAAACAGGAAGUCCCGCCCGCCCAGCUGAGCGGUGAGGAUUUAGACCCGUUCAAGCUUCUGUCAUACGCUAGCUACUGCUUAGAGCACGGGGAUCUGGAGUUAGCAGCUAAACUGGUGAACCAGUUGAGAGGAGAGGCCAGGAGAGUGGUGGAGGACUGGCUGACUGAAGCCAGACUCACACUGGAAACUAGGCAGGUUAUCAGUUUGCUGUCUGCUUAUGCAAACGCUGUGGGGUUAGGAACCACCCAGGCUCCGUAGGUCGCCACGCUCAUCUAAUGUGGCGACCCUUAAAGGAACAAUCCACUGAAAAUCCCUCUUUUGAGUAUCAAGUAGGGCUGACCCGAAUGCUUCGGAGCUUCAACCAUUGCCAUGGUAAUCGACCUCCAAAUCAGUAUUCCAAUGCUUUGUUUUUUGUAUAAAUCCCCAAAAAG